UGGUUUUUCCUUCAUCCCCUCAGCACACUAUGGACUUUGGAUUUGAGCUUAUCUUUCGUUAUGCAGGAUGUGUUCAGGAAGUAGGAACGUUGAUUCUGGCCCUCCAAUCUGACUAGUUGGAGUGGAACACUAGCCAGGGGUUGAGCAGGUCCCAUCCUGGGAUCACACCCCUGGAAUCAUGAACCAAAAUCCAGCAUCUUACUCCCAGUAUAAAUCGGAGGAGGAUGGCGCGUCUUCAGCUGCCCGCCCCGGCUCCUCAGGCUCUGGACAGACUUACACUCCCACCCUGACCCCCACAGCCACCCCAACUCCGACACCCACAGCCACCAGCAACAGCCCCAGUAACAAUGCUGCCACCAAAACAGACUCAUUGCUCUUCAACAAGAUUGAUGAGAGACAGAGGUUGGCCCGUGAGCGCCGUGAGGAGCGUGAGAAACAGAAUGCUUUUAAGGAGGCCCAGUGGCAGGCACGCGAGGAGCGAGCUAGGCAGCACUAUGAGAAGCUCCAGGAGGAGAGGAAGAGACGACUGGAGGAGCAGAGGAUGAAGGAGGACAAGAGACGGGCUGCUGUGGAGGAGAAACGACGGCAGAAGCUGGAAGAUGACAAGGUUCGUCAUGAAGCGGUGAUUCGUCGAACUUUGGAGAGGAGCCAGGCCACCAGACCGAAGCCCAACCGCUGGUCAUGGGGCGGGGCACUGCACACAAACACUCCCAGCACACCAGCCGAUGCUGACAGGCGGUCAGUGUCCACGAUGAAUUUAUCCAAACACACAGACCCUAUCAUUACCAAGCGCCUCUCCUACUCCUCUGCCACACUCCUACACUCACCAGACCGAGGCUUACAGAAGAGAACAGCCUCCUCACCUGUCAUUAGCAAAGCUCAGUCCAAAUCGCGCCUACACCUGGGAAAGACCACCCACCACAAAAACACAGGCCUGCGCCGCCUUCCUCUGACGCCAUGGGAGAGCAACGUGGUGAACCGUCUGCAGCAGCCAACACACUCCUACCUGGCCCGCAGCCGCAGUGCCAUGAGUCUUUCUGGAGACCAAACAGUGUCCUGCCACCCCAUGGGCUCCAUGUCAUUCAAGGCCCUACAGGCUCAGCCGCUCCCUCACUGCCGCAGCCAAGAGAGGAGCCUCAGCAGGGACACAACCUCCUCUUCUUCUACCGCUGCCCGCAGGAGGACCAGUGGAACAAAACCGGGACUACAGCAAAAGAACUUUGUCAGGAAGUCAUGGAGCAAUCUGACACUCCCAUUGGCUCCCAUACUGACUUUGCCCCCAAACAAGCACGCCUCUUCUUCAGGCAAAAAGAUCAGCAAAGUAACUACGCCCUCUCCUGGCAGGCCUCCACAGAAGACAGGGCGCCCUCCGACCCCUAAGCAACUUAAGUCUCCUGGGGCGGAGGACCCUGGAAACAUUCGUCCUGUCAGGAUUACACCUGAUAGCUCCCAAUCUUCUACACCCACCAGAUCACAAGGGGAGGAUGAGGAGCAGGUUCUCAGUCCUCUGCAGCCUCGACCUCAGCCGCUUGGCCAGAACAAGGCCAGUACUGAGGAGACACCAGCAGCAGCCAGCGAAGGUGUAAGCAGUCCUUCAGCCUACAAGUCUUCAGCCGGCACCACAGAUCCAGAGGAGGCGACUCGCAUCCUGGCUGAGAAUCGUCGCCUGGCCCGCGAGCAGAGGGAGAGGGAGGAAGAGGAGCGCAAGCAACAAGAAGAGCAGGCGAGACUAGCCAAAGAGGAGAUGGCUCGCCGUAAGGCUGAGGAGCGAGCAAAGAGAGAGGAGGAGGCCCAGCGGCAGGCAGAGGAGAAGAAAAGGAAGGAAGAGGAGGAGAGAAAGGCGGAGGAGGAGAAAGAGAGAGAGGAGGCAGAGAGACUCCAGAAACAGAAAGAGGAAGAAGAGUCUCGACAGAAAGAGGAGGCAGAGAAACUGAGGCAGGAGAGAGAGAAACACUUCCAGAAGGAGGAGGCUGAACGUUCGGAGAGAAAGAAGCGUCUGGAGGAGAUCAUGAAGAGGACGAGACGUUCAGACACAGCAGAGAAGAAAGUGAAUCCUAACAGGAAUGGGGACAAUGCAGUGAGCCCUGCCUCUCCUGGUCCAUCGGCAGUGACUGCGUCACCGACACACCAUAGCAACGGCAACAGUCCCCAGGCUGACCGCGACCCAAACCCCAGCACCACAGCACUGAGCCAUCCUGACCAGCGGGAGAACGGAGAGUUUGAAGAGGUGAUUGUACUGCCUUCAGAUUCCAGGUUGUCUCCCCCUGAAGGAGAGGAGGAGCAGCAGCUGCAGCAGGAGGAAGAUGAGGAGGAGGAGGAGAGAGUUCCUGUGGUAGCCUUUAGGGAGAAUGGUCUCCUAAAGCCUCUGAGUGGGAUAGAGGAUAUAUCAGCCCAGCAGGGACCAGAUGUCGCCUGAUGCCGUUAGGACGAAAUGAUCCACACACAGAGCGCCAGGAAUAGAGACACGGUCAGAGAGAGGUGGAGAAACGCAGAGCUGUCGGACUGAAUCAAAGGAAGGACUUACAGCAUCAUAGACACCCUUCCAGAGGUUUACUUUCUCACCUUCCUGCGUCCCCUGCUGACAGACGAGCACCGUAAGCCAUUUCCCCAAAGAUGGCGUCUCCAAAGAUCCCAUUAAAGCAUCCUCAGAGAGAAGCCUACCUUCCCCUCAACAAACUCCCUGGGAAACAGAUCGUUUCUCUGUCUCUGACCAUGAUUACACGUGGUCUUUAAGUUCUGUGUACAGCUGUUCUGCUCUACCCCUGAUUCAAAAUUGCUUGUCUUGAUAUCACAGGAAGGCAUUGAACACCUCUUUCCAUCUUGUGACUCUUGUUGUGUGUGUGUGUGUGUGUGUGUGUGUGUGUGUGUGUGUGUGUGUGUGUGUGUGUGUGUGUGUGUGUGUGUGUGUGUGUGUGUGUGUGUGUGUGUGUGUGUGUGUGUGUGUGUGUGUGUGUGUGUGUGUGUGUGAGAGAGAAUGGAUGAGAAACUAAUAAUAAUGUAAACUGAGAUCAGCUGUAAAGUCUUUAAUCAUGAUACUUGAAUAGUUUUUUUUUCUUGCUGUAGAACGUAGUCAGAUUGACAAAAUCAGCAAUGUGACGUUAUAACUUGAACUUGCACAAGUUUAGGAUUAUAGGUUUUUGACUGGAACUUCAUAAUUCUAAUGUUUCAACAUUUUCUACUGAAAUGUUGCAGAAGAGAUAAGGUA